CUAUCCGCCAGUGGUUCUCAUUUGGUUUCUUUAAAAUAAUAUAAUGCACAACAUUCAAUAUCCUUCAGUUUCCUCUUGAACGUUGUAUAGAACGGACGUAAGAUGUGGAAGACUACGACGGUUAUACUUAUUUUAUCUAUUGGCCUAUAUAAUCUUAUAUUUCAAUGGGAAUUAAAGAAGCCAGAUUUGCCAGAAACUUUUUGGGGCCCAGAGAAAAAUAAAGCUGCCUCGAAGAACGUUCGACCGUUCAAAGUCGACGUACCAAAAUCGGUCAUCGAUGAUUUAAAUAAACGUCUGGAAAAUCCAAGAUUGGACGUAGAACCAUUAGAAGGUGUCGCUUGGACUUAUGGUGUUCCAGCUCCUUAUUUAAAAAAAAUUAUUACAUACUGGCAUAAUAAAUAUAAUUGGACCGAGAGACAAUCUCUUCUGAAUAAAUAUCCACAAUUCGUAACAAACAUCCAAGGUCUUGACAUUCACUUUUAUCACGUUAAACCGUCGAAUCUUUCAAAGGAUAGAAAGAUCAAAGUUUUACCGUUACUUUUAGUCCAUGGUUGGCCUGGUUCUGUGGUUGAAUUUCAAAAGAUCAUUCCUUUGUUAACAACACCCAGACCAAACAAAGAUUUUGUCUUUGAACUUGUCAUUCCAUCUUUACCUGGUUAUGGUUUCAGCGAUGGUGCUGUUCGUCCUGGAUUAGCGCCAGCUCAUAUGGGUAUUAUCUUUAAGAAUCUCAUGACAAGAUUAGGCUUUGAAAAAUAUUAUGUUCAAGGAGGUGACUGGGGUGCUGUUAUAACUUCUUCAAUGGCUGCUCUUUAUCCAGAAAAAAUCUUAGGACUGCAUUCGAACAUGUGCGUCCAUAUAAAACCAUUGAACUUUUGGAAUAUUCUUGGAGUGUUCUUUCCUUCUCUUAUUGUUAAUAAACAAUACGAACAUAAAGUCUAUCCAUUAACAAAUUAUUUUUAUGGACUGAUGGAGGAAACUGGAUAUUUGCAUUUACAAGCUACUAAACCAGACACAAUCGGUCUUGUAUUGACGAAUUCACCAAUAUCAUUGGCAGGAUACAUACUCGAGAAAUUUAGUACAGGUACAAAUCCUGAAUAUAGAAUCAAAGAAGACGGUGGUUUACUUGAAAAAUUUACUUUGGAUGAACUUUUGGAUAACAUCAUGAUAUAUUGGGUGACCGAUUCCAUAACAACUAGUGCACGUAUUUAUGCUGAACAAUUUACACGGAAAUAUUGGGAUUUAAAAAUCGAUGAAUUACCGAUUGACGUACCAUCAGCAUGUGCCGUAUUUCCUGGAGAAUUUGUCUACACUACUGAGAAAGUUCUUCGUACGAAAUAUUUGAAUUUGAUUCAAUUCAAUCAUAUGCCUAAAGGUGGUCAUUUUGCAGCCAUGGAAGAAUCGAUUAUAUUAGCAGAUGACAUAUUCGAAUUCUUUGAUAAAAUUGUGAAAUAAUGAAAGAACAAAAAUAAAAAAGAAAAAAAAAAGAAAAAAAAAAGAAAAAAAGAAAAAAUUAUAGUUUCUGAAAAGAAUAAGUAAGAGAGUAGUUUGAAAGUACAUAAAAAACAUUUUUAAAUAUUUCCCCUUUUUUUUUGUUUGUACGAACCCUUUUAUACAAAAUUUUAAUUUAAAUCUUAUAUAAAAAGUUUCAUACAUAUUAUUUGUAUAUAUAUAAAAAUUCAUUUUUAGAUCUCCUUUCACUUGGUAUUUAUAUAUAUAUGUGUGUGUGUGUGUGUGUGUUGGGUUGACAAGAAAGUAAUUUCAGUUUGCACAAAUAAAUUGUGUUAUAUUUUUUUUUUUUUAGCCAUAAUUAAAUCGAAUCGUCAUUAUAACUGUGCAAGAAAUUGUAAAAAAGGUUAAAUAUAUUACACACAAAAUAAUUGAAAGUCA